AUGAGACUGGUCCGGUUUAAUAUUAAUUUUGGCAAGCUCAUUAGUUAUUUCUAUAGUUGUUUUACCUGGAUAUGUGAAUUUAUAAACUUUCCUUUUUGAGAGUUUUACCGGACUAACAUUUUUGAUUAUUGAAUCCCCAAUAAGUGCAAUACCUUUCUUUGGUACUCGAUCACUGUUACCACUUGUACCUUGCGUUCUGUCAUCCUUGGGCUCUGUAGAUUUACUUGUACUCUCAGACAUAUUUUGACUAGGUGUUGGUUGUUGUAUAUCAGAAUCAAUAUUAAUUACGGAAGCAUCAAAGUCACUGUUAUUGUUUAGUUCAUUUGCCUCGUCCUCUAAAGACGAGAACUGGUUGUGCAGCCUUGUAACCUCGUUUCCUUUUUGAUUCUCACUUCUUGUUGAUGCUGAAGACAAGGUUGCUCACGCUGAGGACAAGGCUCCUCAAGCUGAGAUCAAGGUUCCUCACGCUGAGGACAAGGUUGCUCACGCUGAGGACAAGGUUCCUCACGCUGAGGGAAAGGUUCCUAACGCUGAGGACAAGGCACGUCACGCUGAAGACAAUGUUCUUCACGCGGAGGACAAGCUUCUUCACGGCCAGGAGAAGGUUCCUCACGCUCAGGACAAGGUUUUUCACGCUCUGGACAAGGUUCUUCACGCUGAGAACAAGGUUCUUCACGCUGAGAACAAGGUUCCUCAUACUGAGAACAACGUUCGUCAUGCUGAGGACAAGGUUUUUCACGCUCUGGACAAGGUUCUUCACGCUGAGAACAAGGUUCUUCACGCUGAGAACAAGGUUCCUCAUACUGAGAACAACGUUCGUCAUGCUGAGGACAAGGUUCCUCACGCUGAGGACAAGGUUGCUCACGCUGAGAACAAGGUUCGUCACGCUGAGGACAAGGUUCUUCAAGCCGUAGACAAGGUUUUUCACGCCGAGGAGGUUCCUCACGCUCAGGACAAGUUUUUUCACCCUGAGGACGAGGUUCCUCACGCUGAGGAGAAGGUUCCUCACGCUGACAACAAGGUUCCUCAAGCUGAGGACAAGGUUCUUUACGCUGAGGACAAGGUUCCUCAUGCUGAGGACAAGGUUGUUCACACUGAGGACAAGGUUCCUCACUCUGAGAACAAGGUUCUUCACGCUGAGGACAGGGUUCCUCACGCUGCGUACAAGGCUCUUCACGCUGAGGACCAGGUUCCUCAACUUAGAACAAGGUUCCUCACGCUGAGGACAUGGUUCCUCACGCUGAGGACAAGGUUCUUCACGCUGAGGACAAGGUUCUUCAAGCUGAGGACAAUGUUCCUCACGCUGAGGUGAAGGUACCUCACGCUGCGGACAAGGUUCUUCACGCUGAGAACAAGGUUCCUUGUGCUGAGGACAAGUUUCCUCGCGCUGAGCACAACGUUCUUCACGCUGAGGUCAAGGUUCUUCACGCCAAGCACAAGGUUCCUCACUCUGAGGACAAGGUUCUUCACGCUAAGGACAAUGUUCUUCACGCCGAGGACUAGGUUGCUCACCCUGAGGACAAAGUUCUUCACGCUGAGGACAAGGUUCCUCAACUUAGAACAACGAUCCUCACGCCGAGGACAAGGUUCACGCGGAGGAGAAGGUUCCUCACGCUCAGGACAAGGUUUUUCACGCUCUGGACAAGGUUCUUCACGCUGAGAACAAGGUUCUUCACGCUGAGAACAAGGUUCCUCAUACUGAGAACAACGUUCGUCAUGCUGAGGACAAGGUUCCUCACGCUGAGGACAAGGUUGCUCACGCUGAGAACAAGGUUCUUCACGCUGAGAACAAGGUUCUUCACGCUGAGAACAAGGUUCCUCAUGCUGAGGACAAGGUUCCUCACGCUGAGGACAAGGUUGCUCACGCUGAGAACAAGGUUCGUCACGCUGAGGACAAGGUUCUUCAAGCCGUAGACAAGGUUAAGGUUUUUCACGCCUGAGGAAAGGUUCCUCACGCUGAGGACAAGGUUCCUCACUGAGGACAAGGUUCACGCUGAGGACAAGGUUCCUCAUGCUGAGGACAAGGUUUUCACACUGAGGACAAGGUUCCUCACGCUGAGAACAAGGUUCUUCAAGCUGAGGACAAGGUUCCUUACGCUGAGGACAAGGUUCCUCACGCUGAGGACAAGGUUCCUCACGCUGAGGACAAGGUUCUUCACGCUGAGGACAAGGUUCUCAACAAGGUUCCUCACGCUGAGGACAAGGUUCUUCACGCUGAGGACAAGGUUCUUCACGUGAGGACAAGGUUCCUCACGCUGAGGACAAGGUUCCUCACGCUGAGGACAAGGUUCUUCACGCUGAGGACAAGGUUCUUGUGCUGAGGACAAGUUUCUUCACGCUGAGGUCAAGGUUCUUCACUGAGGACAAGGUUCUUCACGCUAAGGACAAUGUUCUUCACGCCGAGGACUAGGUUGCUCACCCUGAGGACAAAGUUCUUCACGCUGAGGACAAGGUUCCUCAACUUAGAACAAUCCUCACGCCGAGGACAAGGUUCUUCACGCUGAGGACAAGGUUCUUCACGCUGAGGACAAGGUUCUUCACGCCGAGGACAAGGUUCCUCACGCUGAGGACAAGGUUCUUCACGCUGAGGACAAGGUUCCGAUCAAUCUUUUCCAGAUAAUUUGUUUCCAUACCAGGCUAUAAUAUAGAAAGAAGGGUUAGAAAUAGAAAUGGGGGAGGCAUUGGAUUUUAUAUAAGAGAUGUUAUUAAUUAUGAGCUUAUGCAUGAAUUAGCUCAAGAUCCACUGGAGUGGCUAUGUAUUAAGGUACAAAAUCCUAAAUCCAAACCAUUCAUCGUUGGUACUUGGUACAGACCCCUUUCUUCAACCACUGACAUUAUGAAUAACCUCGAAUUAUUAAUUAAGAAGUUAGAACUACUAGAUAUUGAAAUUAAUAUUAUAGGUGAUUUUAGCUUUGAUUUAGGUGCUUCUCCCCCUAACGCACCUACUAAACAUUUCUUGGAUCUCUGCUACUUAUACCAGUACCAUCAACUUAUUAAAGAGCCUACUCGAAUAACCGAACGCUCUUAUUUAUUACUAAUAAUCCAACAAUGUAUGUGAAAUCUGGAGUUUGCCACAUUGGUAUUAGUGACCAUUCACUUGUAUAUGCAAUUCGUAAACUUUGUGUACCUAGAAACGAUCCUAGAAUAAAUCGCAGCAGGCAAUUUGGAGAUUUCAACGCAAAUUCAUUUAGAUAUGACCUCUGCUUAGCCCCGUGGCAUAUCAUUGAGGAGUACGAAAAUGAUCCAAAUCUUGCUUGGGAUGCUUGGAAAACUCUUUUCCAGAAAAUAUCUGAUAUUCAUGCACCCAAACGGAGUAGAAAAAUUCGAAAUAAGCACUCUCCUUGGUUAACCCCAGAACUUAUGAAAUUGAUGUUUGAGAGGGACCGACUGAAAAGAAUAGCAAAUAAACAUGAUACUGAACAUAACUGGUCCAAGUAUAGAAGUGCACGAAAUAAUGUUAACAAGAUGUAUACAAGAUGCGAAAGUUGCAUAUUAUCACAAUUACUUUAGAAAUAGCUUUGGUGAUAUUAAAAACACAUGGAAAGGUGUGAAUGAGCUUAUGGGUAAAAACUCCCGUACCAAUGUAAUAAGCAGCAUUAAAGUUGGUGACUGUAACUACACUUCUUCAAGUGACAUAAGUAUUGCAUUUAAUAACCACUUUACUCAAAUUGAACCUAAAUUAGUUAAUAAUGUUCCCACGUCAAACUCUAACUUCGAGCAAUAUAUUACCACUACCGAUAAUAAUUUUUCUAUCACUGAGACAAAUAAUACAAUUGGGUACAACUUGAUUCAAUCACUUAAUGUAAAUAAAUCUACUGGUUUAGAUGAGAUAUCAUGCAAGCUAUUAAAAGAAGCUUCGCCAAUUGUUUUUUCAUCCUUAACCCAUAUAAUAAACUUAUCCAUAAGAAAUGGGGUAUUUCCCAAUGAUUGGAAAAGAGCUAGGGUAAUGCCAAUAUAUAAAGAAGACACAAAAUCAGAUCCUGAUAAUUAUAGACCAAUAUCUAUCUUACCGAUUGUCAGUAAAAUAAUUGAAAAGAUCGUUUUCUCUCAGUUUUAUGGAUACCUAAUCGAUAAUAAUCUAUUGUCUAGUUCCCAACAUGGAUUUAGACCAUUACAUUCAACGCUUACGACUCUUCUAAUAUCUACCAACAAUUGGUACCAAAAUAUUGAUAAAGGGCUAUUUAAUGGAAUUCUAUUACUAGACUUAAAAAAAGCCUUUGAUACCGUGAACCAUCCAAUUUUAUUAAAGAAGCUUGAGAUGUAUGGCGUAGAUCCUAAUUCUAUCAAUUGGUUUAGAUCAUAUCUAACAGGUCGCAAACAAUGCACAAGCAUUAAUGGCACAUUGUCUAGCUUGCUACCUGUUACUUGUGGGGUUCCUCAGGGAUCGGUGCUUGGGCCCUUAUUGUUUCUAAUUUAUAUUAAUGAUCUUCAAGCCUGCCUCUCUACAUCGUCCCUUAUGAUGUAUGCUCAUGAUACAUGUUUAACUGUUAGUUCUAACGAUCCAAAAGACCUAGAGCUUAAACUAAAUAACGAACUUAGAAAAGUGCAAACGUGGCUAAGGGCUAAUAAGCUUACUCUGAAUGUAAAGAAGACAAAAUCUUAA